CGGCUUUCUCAUCCCUCAACAUAGACAUAUUGAAGAUUGCCGUGAUGUUGAGAGGCGGAGCUACAAGCACAUAUAUAGACUUGGGCAAUCAAAUGCAACAGAAGCUCUUCCGGACCCUGUCGUGUCUGUUCAGGCACGCGCCAGCAUCAGAGUAUAUAGAAGCAUAAUCAUCAAAUCACAACUUGCACUUACCCAUGACUUCAAUCGCCAUAGUUGGCGUCUCAGUGGAGCUUCCCAGUGGGAAGUAUUCGCCGAAGAAUCUUGACCAUGACACCUUCUUCAAGCUCUUGCUUGAUAGGGCUGAUGCAUAUGAACGCAUGCCAGCGGAACGUUUCAAUGCAAAUGCAUGGCUCGGAAACCAUCUCGGAGCGAUUCAUGUUGAUACGGGUGCCUUCCUGAAGGACAUCAACAUGUUCGACAAUGUCGAGUUUGGAGUGUCAACUAGGGAUGCACGUAGCAUGGCUCCAGCAACAAGAAGACUCCUUGAGAACGCCUUCCUCGCUUUGCUCGACUCUGGCAUUGAUUAUCGAUCGCGGAACGUUGGCUGCUUUGCGUCAGCGACAGGAUUCGACUUGUCGACCGUAUCUGAACCGGAUGAAUACGACGAACGGGGUUCGUUUGCGGGAUAUCCGUCCAUGGUAGCCAAUCGGAUUUCUACCCAUCUCGAUCUGCUCGGCCCAUCUGUUCCGACCGAUACGGCAUGCAGCUCAACUUUAACCGCGUUCCAUCUCGCGGUCCAGGCCAUCUCACAGGGAGACUGCGAGGCUGCCGUUGUGGCUGGAUGUCAGUUGAACCAUCGCUUCAUCGACUGGUUCACGUACAGUCAAGGUUCUCUCCUUGCCAAAGACGGGAAGUGCAAACCCUUCGAUACAUCUGCGGACGGCUUCUCUAGGGGAGAAGGUUGUAUAGCUAUAGUGCUCAAACCACUUGAGCGUGCUCUCCAAGAUCACGAUCGCGUCUAUGCCACGGUUUUGGGCACAUCGCUCAAUUCGUCAGGAGGUGCUGCCCCUCCGGGCGCUCCAGUUGCGGACGCGCAGCGCGCGGCGAUGAUGCGAGCGUUUGCGCAGGCGAACAGGAAUUUCAAAGAUGUAGAUUACGUUGAAUUGCAUGCAACCGGUACAGCGAAAGGAGAUCCUACGGAGGCGAACUGGGUCGGCGCGGAAUGUUCGCGUGAAGACGAGCUGCUCAUCGGCAGCGUCAAGAGCAACAUUGGACAUACCGAAAUUGUGGCUUUCCUGGCAUCGUUGUGCAAAGUGAUAUCGAUCUUCAAGACUGGGACCAUACCUCCGGCUGUGAACCUGCGUACGCUGAACCCUGCAAUCGAGUGGGAGAAGCACAAGCUUCGCGUUCCUUUGUGCGCCACGCAACUUCCAUGCCGGAAUGGGAAGAGACCGCUAGUGUCUAUAGCCAGUUCAGGCAUCGGCGGGUCGAACGGCCACGCUGUCUUGGAAGGACCUCCCCAGCACCUACACUCGACGGUUCGGCAGUAUCUGGUCCGGUGGUCUUGAUGGCAUGCGGACUCUCCUCGCGUAGCGCCACUUCCAUAGGACAGUCGCUGCAAAGCUCGGCACUUGUGGAUUUGCGUGCGCUAUCAACGGCGUUAGGCCGACGUGCUAAGCAGAUGUCCUGGAGGUCCUAUGCUAUCGUUGAGGAGGGCUCCAAAGGCGCCAUCACAUUCUCUGCCC